ACCGUAAUUGUAUAAUGCAUCUCUGAAAAACUGCAGCUUAGCUAGCUUGAUUGCUCAUCGAGAAUUUGAGAUGCAUCGAGCUGUUCGAUACACAUUGUGAAACCGCGUUAAAAAUUUAAAAGUGUUAUUGUUUGCCUGUUCCUAUCAGAAGCCUCACUCGAAAGAUAAUUGUGCGAUAAGUAUUAUCUGUGCAAGUACGGAAGACAAAGUCGUACUGAAACUGUUAAUUAUGCAUAUUGCCGUAUGUCUGCUGAUCCUUUUUACAGUUGUAAAAGGAAUACCACUCAGACGGAAUGACAGACCGGUAAUAGGGAUUUUAUCUCAAGAACUAUCGCCAACAGUUUCAGGAAUAUUUGGAAAUCAUUCUAGCUAUAUCGCAGCGUCGUAUGUGAAGUAUGUGGAGGGGGCUGGAGGUAGAGUAGUACCUAUAUGGGUGAACCAGACCGAGUCCUAUUACAGAGAAGUAAUUAGUAGAAUCAAUGGACUUCUGUUUCCUGGUGGUGCUUCAUAUUUUACGAAUACUGAUGGCUAUGCAGCAGCAGGAGAAAUUUUGUACAAUUUAACCGUUGGUUUAAAUGAAAAUGGUGAUUAUUUUCCACUUUGGGGCACAUGUUUGGGAUUUGAGCUGAUGCUAUAUUUAGCAGCUGGUCAAAGAGAACAUCGUUGUUCCUGUUCUGCAAAUGAUGUUGCUCUUCCUCUAGAGUUUACACAUGAUUUCAAUGAAAGCAGCCUUUUUGGUGCAGCUCCACAGAAUGUUAUAACUGCUCUUGGGUCACAGAAUAUUACUGCCAAUUACCACAACUUCUGCGUAACUCGAAAGAACUUAACGGAAUUUGGCUUGAGUGGGCAGUGGCAUGUCCUCUCUGUGAACCAUGAUAUAAAUGGUGUGGAAUUUAUAUCAUCUAUCCAGUCAAGACUGUAUCCUUUUUAUGGUGUCAUUUUUCAUCCAGAAAAAAAUGCAUAUGAAUGGAAAUCAAAUAAAAACAUACCCCAUAGUUCAGAUGCAGUGGUUGCGAUGCAGUACUUUGCAAACUUUUUUGUGAAUGAAGCUCGUAAGAACUUUCACAGCUUUCCAUCAGUGGAAUCUGAAGAGUCUGCACUUAUUUAUAAAUAUACUCCUACAUAUACAGGUGAUCAUCUUAUCUAUGAACAGUGUUAUUUUUUUGAUUACUAACAGUUAUAGGUGUACUCGCCCGACAUUUUUGAAAGAAUAAUAUGUCAAUAAAUGGGAUGAGAUGGAGCAAGUCA